AUGGUGCUGGUGGGGCGGCCCCAGUGGGUUCGGGUGCACUUCCUGCAGGGCGCCUGCAGCCGCAUCACGCUCGGCUCGUUCUCGUUGCAGGGGAGGUCCACGGUGAAGGGAACGGUGCUGAUGGUGGAGGUGAUAGACCUGCUGACCCCCGUGGCGAUGCUCCUGGUGGUGGCCAAGGCAGUUCUGGGCAGCGUCGGGGUGAUGACCUUGGCCAGGGGAAUGGACAUGGCGGUUACGGCCCGUGGCACGGAGGCGGUGGCGAUCUAGGGGGUUCUUCGUACCAGCCGAAGCGUCCACGACAUUGCGUACCACUUCCGCAGACUCCUCAAGUCUAGUACAGCGUCGACGCACCUGUGCUCUCUUGCUCGUCGGUUGUUGUUCCUGGCUCCGAUAGCUGCGCGCUUCUCGGCGCCUGGCCUCCGGAGGGAACGCGAAGUGAUAUUGUGCAUGGGAUGAUCGUAUGAAG